AUGGCUGCGACGAGUCCACCGCCCCGGCUCCUGCAGUACAGCGUGAAGCUGCUUUUGCUCAGCGAGGAGCAGCUCCUGGAGGGGCUUCACCUCUCCAACCCCGGCCAGAAAGUGCUCCGGCUGGAGGUGCAGCCGCGGGAGGAAGACGCUGACAUGACCGUGACAGACGCUGAUGGGGUUUGUGUGUUUAAAUGCUUAGUUAACAAAGAUACUGAAUACUGUCGUGUGGGAAAAGAAUCCGUUUUGAUAACACUUGGUUACAACAGCGCCUUACUUCAAUUCAGGUCACAUUCUGAGUAUAGCACAUUUUCAAAUGCACUGAAGAACUGUAGGAAUCAGCAUAAAGAGCACUCUGUGUUCAGUCAGAGAACAGAAGAAUCCUCGGCAGCUCAAUAUUUUCAGUUUUAUGGAUGCUUAUCUCAACAACAGAAUAUGAUGCAGGAUUUUGUGAGGACGGCCACAUAUCACAGAGCAAUACUACAGAACCAUAUAGAUUUUAAAGAUAAGGUAGUCCUUGAUGUUGGAUGUGGAUCAGGAAUCCUUUCAUUUUUUGCUGUCCAAGCUGGAGCUAGAAAAGUAUAUGCUGUUGAAGCUAGCUCAGUGGCAAAAUAUGCUGAGAUUCUAGUACAAAGUAAUAACCUCUCUGAUAAGAUCAGCGUUCUGUCAGGAAAAAUAGAGGAAAUAUCCCUGCCUGAGAAUGUAGAUGUUAUUGUUUCUGAACCCAUGGGUUAUAUGCUGUUCAAUGAAAGGAUGCUGGAAAGCUAUCUGCACUCCAAGAAAUGGUUGAAGUCAAAUGGAAUGAUGUUUCCAACAUUUAGUGACAUACAUUUGGCUCCUUUUUCCGAUGAACAGCUCUACAUGGAACACUACUCCAGAGCCAAUUUUUGGUACCAGCAGUGUUUUUAUGGAGUCAAUUUGUCUAGUCUCCGCAAUGCAGCUGUGGAUGAGUACUUCAGGCAACCUAUUGUAGACACAUUUGAUAUUAGAAUUUUGAUGGCUCGGACAGUGAAAUACACUGUCAAUUUUACAGAAGCAGCAGAAGAAGAUUUGUACAGAGUGGAAAUCCCCUUUGUUUUCCAAGUGAUGCAGUCUGGGCUAAUCCAUGGCUUGGCAUUUUGGUUUGAUGUGGCAUUUGUUGGCUCACUGGUAACAGUCUGGCUAUCAACUGCUCCGACAGAACCUCUGACUCACUGGUAUCAAGUACGCUGCCUUCUUCAAACUCCACUUUUUGCCAAAGAAGGGGAAACACUUUCUGGGAAAGUUUUAUUUGUAGCAAAUAAACGGCAAAGCUACGACAUCCAGAUUGUUGCUGUAGUGGAAGAAACAGGUUUUAAAUCAGGCAAUGUCCUUGAUUUAAAGAAUCCAUUUUUUAGGUAUGCUUAGAUGAUACAAUAAACACCCGCUGGAAGAACAACCAGGAUUACAACCAAACCAAGUAGCCUAUGUGGCAUUGAAAGUGAGAAUAUUGAAAAUGCUGCUGCUUUUGUGAAAUCUGUGUGUACAUAUCAAAAGAAAAUAUUUCAUGCAGAUUAUAUAAACAGAUGAUGCUUGUGCAGUUUCCCUACUUUUUCAAACUGACAUCGCAGUUUUCAAACAUGUUCUUCUGGAAAAUUUCCCCACUGUGCUAAAGGAUAUUACCCGGGCUAGUACUUUUUCUUUAAAAUUUCUCCCAUUGAAACCACUGGGGAAAAGUAAAUGUAUAUAGCAGCCUUCCCCAAGCUGGUGCUCUCCAGAUGUUUUGAAAUACAGCUCCUAACAUAUCUGACCAUUUACCAUACCUGGUAGAAUUGAUGGGAAUUAUGGUUUGGGUGUCUGGUUGGGGAAGGCUGGUGUACAGGAUUGGAGUGUUGAAUUACAGGGCGGAAUCCAAUGUGCCAUGCCAAUUCCCAUCCACAAUUGAUACUUUCACUUGAGGAAAGAAGAUUUAGUGCUUCUAGGGACAAUCAGACAAUUCAUUUCUGAAACAGGUCAGGCUGGUGGAGCUUACAUAAGAGAAGUCUGCUGACCUGCCCCUACUGAGAAAUGAGCAUGUUGCCCAUUGUGGGGCGUCCUCUGGGAGACACUAAGGCUCUGUUGCACAAGGGGUGGGUUCUGCUUGCACAGUGGAAUGGGCUGGACCCAUCCCUUGCGCAAGAGAAUCUCAGGUGCUCAGGAGAAUCUUGAACCCUGCCUGCUGCAUUCUUGUUCUGUUUGAUCAGAAAAGCAUGAGGAUCUGAUGGGCAGGGUUUGCCUUUGAUUUCUCUCUCGAACACUGGCACACCCUGAGUUUUUGUUUCAUCCCCCACCCCACCCCACCCCACCCCACCCCACAUUAAAAAAUAUUGUUAACAAAACCUACCUCAUGUUUCUAUACAAGUAUGGAAUGUACAGAAGUAAUGUGAACAAUAUGCCAAGCUCCCACUUAGCCCUUUUUCAGUAUUUCCAGGAUAUAUUCUUGUAUCUGGAGUUUAUUCCCAGCUGACCAACCAUAAACCAUUUCUGUCUCAUAGCAAUAUGGCGCUAGGUUCAUUACCUGACUUGCAUUAUUUUAAUGGUUGGAAAAUGCAAUUCUGGACUGCCUGACUAAAUUAACAAGUCAAUCUUCACAGACACUUAGAAUAAACUUUAUGAAGAAG